UUAUAUUUCUUGCUUAAAGUUUUCCUUCUCCCUCAUCCUUCCUAGUCCCCUCUCCUUCUCACUAGAAAGUUUAGAGAGAAUGGAGCAAUUAACUCUCCUUCCCUAGCUCCAUCUAAUCCUCCUCCUAUCUCGACAGGCUUAAAUUUGAGUUGUAUGUCCUACGAACUCCCUAAACAGUUGGAUCUCUCUCUCUCUCUCUCUCUCUCUCUCUCUCUCUCUCUCUCAUUUCAUCUACUAUCAAUCCAUCCCUCUUUCUCUAUUCCCCUCUACACACAAAUCACACACUUGGGUGUUCCAUAGAGUACCUCCAAGCUCCAUACAAUAGUUUGAUCUCUCUCUCUCUCUUCGCCUACCCCCCUCCAAGGUCCAUCUCUCUUUCUGUAUCUACGCAAACGUAAAAUUUUGAAUUGGAUAUCACUGUGAGCCUCUCUUUUCGUCUCUACACAGAUCAAAAUUCGAAUUUUAGGUAUCAUCCUACAAACUCCACGAACUAGUUUGAUCCGCCUACUCAUUCCCUUUCUUGUAGUCUACAACGUAAGUACUUGAAUUGGGUCCCCAACAAGCUCCUCAAAAACCUUCAAUCUCAUCUCCUGUAGCUAUCUCGAAGACUAAUUUGCUCCCCUCCCCCAUCCCCACACAUAUCAAAUCACCACUACCAUGGUUUGAACCAACAUGGAGGGCAACGCCGCCGGAGGAUCCCGAAGGCCCAACUUCCCCCUCCAGCUCCUUGAGAAGAAAGAAGAGGACUCCUGCUCCAGCUCCGGCUACCCGUCCCUCGCCAUCUCCUCUGGCCCCUCCACCGCUGCCGGUGGCAGCGGCAGUGAUGGCCACGAGCUCGCCGUCGACCCCCUGCCAAAGCCUCCCCCCAAGCGGAGCUCCACCAAGGACCGCCACACCAAGGUCGAGGGCCGGGGUCGCCGCAUCCGCAUGCCGGCCCUCUGCGCGGCACGGGUUUUUCAGCUCACCCGCGAGCUCGGCCACAAGUCCGACGGCGAGACCAUCGAGUGGCUCCUGCAGCAGGCUGAGCCCGCGGUGAUCGCUGCCACCGGCACCGGCACCAUACCCGCCAACUUCACCUCCCUCAACAUCUCCCUCCGCAGCUCCGGCUCCAGUAUCUCCGUCCCCUCCCGCCUCCACUCUGCCAACUACUUCAGCUCUGCUACUGGCCUCACCGCUCCACCCCUCCGGUUCGGUGGCUCCGGCUUCCCCUCGGAGGCCCCGUCCUCAUCCUCCUCGUCCUUGCUCCUCAAUUUCAAUUCAGGCAGCUGCGUCGGGGCCGACACGCCAUCGGACGCUGACAUCGGCAGUCACCUGCGGAAGCGCCGGUGGGAGCAGGAGCUUCAACAUCAUCAGCAUCACUUGCAGCAGCAGCAACAGCAGCAACAACAGCAGCAGCAGCAGCAGCACCAGAUGGCGAGCUACAGCCAGGCGAGCCACGGCCAAAUACCGGGACCCUUGUGGAUGGUAACAAACCCUAGCAGCCAAAGUGUAGCGAGUGGCGAGUCGAUAUGGACGUUCCCGCAGAUGGGCAGCACUACAAUGUUCCGAGGCUCCAUGUCUAGUGGCCUACAUUUCAUGAAUUUCCCAACCCCCAUGGCUCUGCUGCCAAGUCAGCAGCUAGGCCUCGGCUCGGGCGGCGGCGGCGGAGGAGGCUCCGGCGAGGGGCCCAUGGGAAUCCUUGCCGCCCUUAAUGCGUAUCGGCCGCCGGGUGCUUCUGAGUCGAUGCCCGCCGGGUCCCAGCAAGCGCAUGGCAGAGGCGAUCGGCAUGACACGAUGAGCACGAGUGAGUCGUAGGUUCGGUUGGUCUCGCGCCCAUGCAUGCGAUCAUGUUGCUCUUGAUCUUUCUCUUUUAUUCUUCUUUAAUCCUAUCAUUUUUCUAUCAUCUUCGGUUCUCAUAUUUCUCAAGUAUAAAACAUGCUCGCAAUAUACAUGCAAACCAUUCUUUUUGUGUGUUAGUGAGAGGUAUGGAUUGUAGACUUUUAGCUAGGGUUUCAUGUGAGGGAGGAGAAGAGUGAGUGUUGAUGGUUUUCAGAGAGUUUCAAGUUAGGGUUUCUUUUCGUUUUCUUUUUCUUUUUCUUUUCUUUUUUUCUGGGGAGGGGGAUAUGGUGUCGAAUCUUUGGUUCAACAAAAUUCAGUGCUGUGACACAAUUAUCAUAUUCUCGU